UGAAAGCAACUGUCAGAAUAUUGUUUUGAUAUUUUUCAUUUGCGUCACAAAAAUAUAGAAAAAAUCCCUACAAAUAACAAAAUUUAAGAAACCUUUAAAAGGAAAAAUGUCGGUUAAACUUAAAAAACAAAAGAAAAUAAAGAAACAAUCGAUAACCAAACAAGAAACUGCAUCAGAUGAAGUUGAAAUGUCAGAUGCUGAAAUAGAGCAACAGGAAGAAAACCAAGAGGAAGACGAUGGCACCGGGUUAGCUCAUGAAAGCUCUAAUGAAAAUGAAGGGGAACACGAUGAUGAUGAUGAUGAAAUGGAUUUGGCCAAUUUUCAAACAAGUGACAAUAAACCAAAAAAGAAACGAAAAAAAGGCAUCAUCUAUAUAUCCAAUAUACCCAAACACAUGAAUGUUACACGCAUACGAGAAUUUCUGGGAGAAUAUGGAAACAUUGGACGUGUUUAUCUACAGCCAGAAAAGCUGCCAGGUGGGGACGAUAAAAAGAAGAAAAAACGUAAACCCUUUGCCCGUCAUUUCACCGAAGGAUGGGUGGAAUUCGAAUCCAAACGUGUGGCCAAACAAAUUGUACCUCUACUCAACAAUAAGCAGAUCUCCUCACGAAAAAAAUCCCAAUUCUUUGAUUACCUCUGGAGCAUGAAAUAUCUGCCUCGUUUCAAAUGGUGCCAUCUUACCGAACGUAUGAACUAUGAACAGGCAGUGCACAAACAACGUCUGAUGGCUGAAGUGUCACAGGCACGCAAAGAGACUACAUUCUUCCAAAAUAAUCUGGAUAAAAGUGAUUUUAUUAAGAAGAAAGAAACGAAGUUGAAGAGACUACAAGAAAAGAAAGCAAAUAAAAAAGUUAAUGCUGAAAGUUAAA